AUGGCCAUGAACCCUUUACUGACAGCAUCAGGGCAGCGAAGGAUCCCACUGGUUCCCUCACCAUUUGAACCUCCGACUGUGGAUAGAGAUUUAUUGCCUUCCACUGUAGUUCCAAAUGACCCAAGACAGUUUUGUGUUCCUUCUCAAUUUGGAUCCUCUGUUCUACCAAACGCAAAUAUGCCGAACAUGUUGUCAAAUCACGUCUACUCAGGUUGGGGCAUUUUACCACCUGAAUCGGUAAAGGCAAUGGCCAGAAGGAAUGAAAUGAUUCAAAGGCAGCAUACUGCCAGGAUGGAAAUGGAAAUGCAUGCCAUUUAUCAGCAAAGGAGAAUAGAAAAAAUGAAUCCCAAGGGGCUAGCAGGCUUUGGGUUACCAUUCCUUUACAGCCCUUGCGUCCCUGCUGGUCCAGCCACCUGCCACAGCAGGAGCAUGCUCCCUGCCAGUGACAUGCAUUUGCACAGACGCUCCCUGAGAAACAUUCAGGGAAACCCCAUGCUAACGGCAACUAGUCCACGCUUUCUAGAGAGUUGGGGGCAGAAAUGUCGUCGUCUCAGGAGAGGUGCAGGGAAUCAGAAAGUUCUAGACAAUGAUACUGAGCGUUCCAAAAGUCAAGCGGAAGAACAAACCCUCGGUCAGACUCAUGCGAUCCCCUACGAAGAGGAUGAGUAUGCAAAAGACGCUGAAACCGAAGCUCUCAGCAACCAGCCGUCAAGCGAAACCAAUGAAAAGCCAACUACAGCUCUUGCCAACACCUGUGGAGAGCUGGAGCUCACCCAUAGAAAGCCCUGGGCAGCACAUGGUUCUUCUCUGGAAGCAAAGGCCUGGGACAGUGGGAAAGAGAAGGCUUCAGAGCAGGUUUUUGCAGCUUGUGGUGAAAAGAAUGGGCUUUACCCUCCAGUUCCUCAACCAUCUCUGUCGGGAACACACACACUGGUUACAACUGGGGAGAAUCUGUCCUUGGAUGAAGAUAUUCAGAAAUGGACAGUGAGUGAUGUGCACAAUUUCAUCAGUGGCCUUCCGGGUUGUUCAGACUAUGCUCAGGUGUUUAAAGAUCAUGCAAUCGAUGGAGAAACUCUGCCAUUACUCACAGAGGAGCAUCUUCGAAGCACUAUGGGAUUAAAGCUAGGGCCGGCGCUAAAGAUCCAGUCGCAGGUAUCUCAGCAUGUGGAAAGUAUGUUCUACAAAAAAAGUUUUUCACUUCCUACUCAAACAAAACAAGCCUUUGAUCAACCAACAGAUACAUCCUCUCUUCUGGGUUUUAAUUCCUGGGGUGAUACAUUGGACAGUCCCUGUUCCCAGGAUAUAAUAAUUCCUAAAGGAAUCGAGCGAGAUAGUAUGAGAAAUUAA